AAAAAUCCCUAAAGGAAAGUUAAUGGAAUUCAUUACUUUUACUUUCAAUUUAUUAGGAAGCCUGGCAUAUCCACUACGAUCGCAUUUGAUUCGUUGAUCCUAUUAUUGGCGAAUAUGAUCAAAUUUACAUUAAACCGACCGUGUGUUGACACUUUUUUUUCCACUCCCACUUCUUUCACAUGUCUGAUGAAAGUUGCGAAACCGAAAGUUAUCGGAUCAAUUGGGGAAUAUUACCGCUGUCGUUCUAAACGCCGUUGUCCAUCCCACCAGCGUUUACAAUGAACAACCACAACAUUCCUGCGUCUGUUUGGAAGGUGAACGUGGAUGUGUUGAAGGGGUUUCUUGUGUUCACUGUUGCCUGCACCUGUGUGGGUGUGGUGUAUAUGCAGUGGACAUACAUUUGGAUGCUUAGGGCUGAAAUGGCUGAAAUAACGCAGCGGUUCAGGCCUCUGGAUACAGCGGGACACGAAGGUGGGAUGUGCUGCGAUGCCGCCGUGUGCUACGGGGUAAGCUGUUAUCACAGAUUCCCUGAGAGACGGAAACACGAAGGGGGCCGAGACAAGAGAGAUGUGACAGAACAGGGGAAGCGGAGAAAGAGACGACACACAGAGCAGCACACAUUUCUCCAUCUUGUUCCUGUGUCCUCGCAGUCAUACAAUGAUCAUGACACAACUGUUCUGUCUUGGGCACUAGGGCAGAGCAGAGGGGAGGGGCUUCAGGUAUCAGGUGAUACUGUAACAGUGGAGGCCCAGGGUACCUACUUCAUUUACAGUCAGGUGCUGUAUAAAGAUACCACCUGGGUAAUGGGUCACGUGAUCACGAAGAAGCUGAAGGGGGCGGAGACUAAGCUGAUGAAGUGUCUAAAAAGCAUGCCCAGUAACGUCAGCCAGCCACUCAACACUUGCUACACUGCAGGAAUUCACUUCCUGGAGUCUGGAUCCUCCCUUCAGCUCUCUGUUCCCCGCAAAUCUGCAGAGCUCAUCCUCACAGCUCACGCUACCUUCAUGGGCCUCUUCAGCAUAUGACACACACACACAUGUACAUCAUGUUUAACUGACAGAAACCUUUCCAUCCUAGUUUUAGUCCUGUAUGUGAGAAUUUUGUAGUUUCAUUCUCAAAAAUCACUGAACGCCCUUGCCAAGUGCUUUUUAUAUGGUGAAUGGGUGACACCUAGUGGACAGUUGAAACACUGGCAAGUUGAUACUAAUGUAUACAAAAUAAUUACCAUGGUACUACUAUGUUUGAACGUGGUAUCAUGGUAAUUCAUUGUAUUUUUGAAUGUAAAUGUCAUGUUAUAUGAAUAUGACAAUAAUUCAGUACCAUAAUAUGUAUUACAAUGCCAAGGUAUUACAUGUUACUACAUCUGAUAUAUUGUAUGGUACCAUGGUACUUCCCCUUCAUUUGAUGAACAUGCAAUAAUAACAAUGAUAGGCUAUACAACUGUAAUAUCCCUUCAUACAACACUUUUUAAGAGUUUACAAGUUUACAGUAAAACAUACAAAUAAAUAAAUACACAGAGGAGUGUUUUCUCUACACACAAACACUGAACAGAAAUAACUUAUCCUUCUCAAUCUCAAUAAAUCAGACUUGAUAAACUU